AUGGAGUUGGACACCGGUGCUAGUGUGUCGACCAUUGAUGAUGGCAAGUUUGCCGAGCUUUUUCCGUCGGUGCCGUUGGAGCCAUCGAGUGUGCAGCUGAGAAGUUUUUUCGGCGACAUGAAACGCGUCCAGGGAAAGCUCGAAGCAAUGGUCAAACUUGGCGACAAGGAGCGCCAGCUACCACUAUUUGUCGUGAAAGGGGCGUGUCCUACGCUGUUUGGACUAAGCUGGAUGAAGGCCUUCAAGCUAGGCAUCGCUCAGACGGUGGGAGUCAACGUCGUGAAGUCUACGGAAGACCUGUGGAUUGAAGUGUUCCCGGUCUCCACACCCUCGGCUGAAGCAACUAUUUCCUGCAUGCACAGUAUGUUCGCAAACCAAGGCCUUCCAGAUGUGGUCGUGUCGGAUAAUGGGCCAGCAUUUACCAGUGAGCUUUACUCCACAUUCCUCAAGAAAAACGGGGUGAGGCGAAUGCUGGUGCCGCCGUAUCAUCCAGCGUUAAACGGUGCUGCAGAGCGGGCCGCGCAGACUGUCAAAAACAAGUUGCGGAAGGCUGGCCCUGGAGAUAUUCGCACUCAAAUUGCCCGCAUGCUCCUAACAUACAGGUCAACGCCUCACAAGGUCACGGGUUGCUGUCCGUCGGAGCUGUUGUUGGGGCGGAAGCUGAGGACUGCGUUGGACCUGCUACACCCAGGCCUCAGGGCCAAGGUGCUACAGAAGCAACUUAAGCAGAAAAUGAGAUGCGACCAAGGAACAAGACCCAGGGUUUUGGGCCACCCGGGUGACCAGGUGUUCGCAAGGAACUUCCGUCCAGGAGCUGCGUGGCUCCUUGCAGUCGUCACCGAACAACGCACUUCGUCCAUGGAUGUUCUACUGCAAGACGGACGACGGUUAACUCGACAUCUGGAUCACAUCCACCAGGCCCCUGAGGAACUGAGUGCAGACAACCAAAAAUCAGGCAGCCCAGUAUCUACUGGUCUUGGUCCAAGCUUGGACGUGGGUCAGACGCAGCUAACUGGUCUUGCUCCAGGCUUGGACGUAGGUCAGAGGCAGCUACCUCCGGAUCGUCUUCACGACACAGAGUCUAGGCAAGAUCCCAGGGAAGACGUGGGAAGGGAACCGGAACUUGCUGUCACAGCACCCACUACUCCUGUCCUGCGUCGAAGUACCAUAAUUCGACGACCAGUAUCGCGCUACGGACCUUAA